AUGCCAAUGUUAGUGGAUGUCAUGGGUAUCUUUGAGCAGAGCGUGGACUUGCCUGUUCUGCGACGGCCUCUAGGAGCCCUGCGAGGACUCUUCGCGCGGGGAAUUUCCAAUUUAGAUGAGCCUAUCAGUAGCCAUAGGUAUCCGGAAUGCCACUGUGAUGCUAUUCGAGUCGGAAUGCGAUCAAAAGAGGGGAAACGCAAACUACAGUUACAACCGAAAGUUCUUUCGCAUGCGCCAAGAUCCAAGAUGUAG